CGCCAUCGUUAAUACAUGACCAGCAACAAGCAGAUUUAGAAGAAUCAUUCGAUGAACCUGACUCAGAAUCUCAACGGUUGCUAAAUUCUUCAUCGCGGGACCACUUGCCUAUACCCACCUCAACUACUUCGUUUUCCUCUACUUCUUCCUCUAUUGCACCUGCAACGUUACCUGUGGCCAACGACGGCGUCUUUGCUAACAUGUCGGCAAAACCAGAGUCUGAAAGGGACAAAACCGAUGAAACACCUCCCGCAUACGAAGAAGCCGCAGCAGACACCACACCUCCGUACUGGCAUACUGCUGUUGUUGCACCGACAAGCAUAGGCGAUUUUAUUCUAAUUGAAGGUUUACCAGCGGGAAACAUGUUGCAUUUUGGAUGGAGCUUGAUAAUUUCGGCAAGCUUUCAGUUCAUUGGGUUUAUGCUAACGUAUUUGUUUCACACUACUCAUGCUGGAAAGAAUGGUUCUCGGGCAGGCUUAGGCAUCACAUUCGUACAGUUUGGCUUUUACAUCGGGAGUCGGGGCCAAAACGAGGACGGAGAAGGAGGAUCAGGGGGUGAAGAACUUGAUGGUGACCAAGCAGAUAUUGUCGCCUAUCUUUUAAUGAUAUUCGGAUGGUUCAUCAUCAUCCGCUCGGUCGCUGAUUACAUCAGAGUGAAAAGGAUGGAGAAAAUCAUUGCUACGCAACCAUCUGCAGCUGAAAACAUUGUCUAGCACAGCGAGAUUAUGUUGUCGAGGACAAAAUAAAUAUCGCUUCAUUAAGACAUCGUCAUAUCAUAAUAUUCUAAAAAUACUGUUUCUUUUCCUGGCAUAGUUGUGAAAGCUUCCAUUAAAACUAUCUAGAAAAAGAUAAUCUUCUGUGAUCCAUGGCAGUGGUCUGUACAGAAAGCUAUGUUUC